AUGGCUGCCGACUACUCUACUCGUCUCCAAGCUGUUCACCAGAUCAGGCCUCAGUCGCCCUCUCCAGCAACUGGAACAGCACGUUCAGCAUUAGCCAAAGUCCAGCUUCGAGCUUUCUCCUCCAGAAUGGUCUCUCACUCUGUCAACAAGACCGCUCUCCACCCGGGUGGUGUCGAGCCAACCCGCGAGCACACCGAACUCGAAGAAGAGCUCCACACAACUGCUCACAUUGACUACGACCGGGUUGCCAUUGUUGCCAACCCAUCAGUUUCGGCUCUCUAUGAAGAUGCCCUGGUCUACGAAACCGGCACAGCCAUUACAUCCUCAGGAGCUUUGACAGCCUACUCAGGGUCCAAGACCGGUCGUUCCCCGCUGGAUAAGCGUGUGGUCAAGGAGGAAAGCUCGGAGAAGGAUGUGUGGUGGGGACCAGUCAACAAGCCCAUGACUCCAGAGGCAGCCCAUGAGUCGUUUGAUCUCGGCCACGGGCGAGCAAGCUCGACGGUGCCUAACACCCAGCGAUUCCCCGCAAUGCACGGUGAUGCAGUGGUUCGCAUGUGCGCUACGGACGGCAGGAAACGCCCAAGUUUCUCAGCUGAAGUGUGGCUCUGCCCCGCGUUGCCCGGAAAGGCCCAUGACGCAGAGCUGGGCCCUGUGCCGCGGCUAAGAAUACUCUUGGCUGCGGAUGACUCGGCCAACCCAAGUCAUGGGCCGGGAAUUGUUCCGGCCUUUGUCUGGAAGAUUAACCGAGAACGUGCUGUCGACUACCUCAAUACCCGGAACCGAAUCUAUGUCAUUGAUGGCUUCGCUGGCUGGGAUGAACGAUAUCGUAUCAGUGUCCGAGUUGUCUGCGCCCGGGCCUAUCAUGCCCUGUUCAUGCGGAACAUGCUCAUCAGACCCUCUCGUGAAGAGCUGGAACAUUUCCACCCCGACUAUGUCAUCUACAAUGCAGGGUCCUUCCCCGCCAACAGAUACACAAGUGGGAUGACCAGUGCCACCAGCGUUGCCAUCAACUUCGCUGAGAAAGAGAUGGUUAUUCUCGGUACUGAGUAUGCGGGUGAGAUGAAGAAGGGUGUCUUCACCGUCCUCUUCUACGAGAUGCCUGUCAAGCAUAAUGUGUUGACGCUUCAUUCGUCAGCUAACGAGGGUGAGAACGGCGAUGUCACUGUCUUCUUCGGCCUGUCCGGCACUGGAAAGACCACGCUCUCUGCCGAUCCCAACCGCAAGCUGAUUGGUGACGAUGAGCACUGCUGGUCCGAUAAAGGUAUCUUCAACAUUGAAGGUGGCUGCUACGCCAAGUGUAUUGGCCUGUCUGCGGAGAAGGAACCUGAUAUUUUCAACGCCAUUCGUUUCGGCUCUGUGUUGGAGAACGUCGUCUUUGACCCCGAAACUCGGGAAGUUGACUAUGACGAUGCGACCCUGACGGAGAACACUCGCUGUGCAUACCCCAUCGAGUACAUCGGCAACGCCAAGAUUCCGUGUAUCAGCGAUAACCACCCUAGCAACAUCAUCCUCCUGACCUGUGAUGCUCGUGGUGUGCUGCCACCCAUCUCCAAGUUGAACACGGCCCAGACCAUGUUCCACUUCAUCUCUGGUUAUACCUCCAAGAUGGCUGGUACUGAAGACGGUGUCACUGAACCACAAGCCACUUUCUCAUCUUGCUUCGCUCAACCUUUCCUGGCCCUUCACCCGAUGCGCUACGCUAAGAUGCUAGCAGACAAGAUUUCUCAGCACAAUGUCAACGCAUGGCUGCUCAACACCGGCUGGGUCGGUGCGGGUGCUAGCACUGGAGGCAAACGCUGCCCAUUGAAGUAUACCCGCGCUAUCCUGGAUGCCAUCCACUCGGGCGAGCUCGCAAAGGCCGAAUACGAGAAUUACGAUGUGUUCAACCUCAGCGUCCCCAAGGCGUGCCCUAACGUGCCGGAUGAGCUCUUGAACCCCAAGAAAUCGUGGACCGGCUCAGCCGACUUUGGCGACGAAGUGACCAAGCUCGCCAAGUUGUUCAACGAGAACUUCAAGAAGUAUUCGGAUGAGGCCACCGAGGAGGUCAUCAAGGCCGGGCCCACGGUGUAG